GCAGCUCUUCUGUGGGACUCUGUCACUGCUUUCUCUGUCUUUUGGACACUGAUAAUGAGAUGAAGAUCUCUCAGAUUGAAAAUGUGUCUCGUUUGUCGAAGCUUCGUUUGUUGAAUCUCUCUGGAAACCGCAUCACUCGAGUGGAGAAUCUGCAAGGUCUGAACUGUCUGACCGAACUGAACCUGCGACACAACAGCAUCACGUCUGUGACGCAUGUGGAGAAUCUUCCUCGUCUGCAGCGUCUGUUUCUCAGCGCUAACAGCAUCAGCAGGUUGGAUGCGCUGGCCUGUCUGUGGCACUGCCACUCUCUGAGUGAGCUGAGCGUUGAUGGGAAUCCUGUCGCGCUGGAGUCAUGCUACAGACAGACUCUCCUCCGCUGCUGCUCGCCACACCUUCAGCUGCUCGACAUGAAGCGCGUCACAGAAAGACGUCGACUCGCGAUCCAGAACGCAGCGCAGCAGUGGGAGGGGCUAAAGGCCUGCCUCGAGCUUCCUGCCCAGAACGGCUCCAAGGAAGACGUCAGUCCAGAAUACAGCCCCGCCCACAGCCCCGCACAGACCAAUGGGAACACACAGGAGACGUCGCCGGACGAGCCCAGACGCUUGAGUCCGCUCACAGUCUCAGCUGGAGGGAACGAGAGCAGGUUACGAUCGGCCAAUCGACCAAACAGCCCCAGAGACCUCCGGCCGCAGGACGCCGGUGGGCCCAGCGUUCAGAGUCUGUCCAUAUCUGACAGUCACCUGGCGGAGCUAGACAGCGAGACACUGCGUCUGUUCGGCCCCGGGGCCCUGGAGACGCUGGAGCGCUGCUGGGGCGUUCAGACAGCCGCGAGCGUCACCGCCGUCGCCUUCAGAUACAUCCACUUCGACUCCAUCAUUCCCAUGUUCCUGCGCAUCCGCCUCAAAUUCCCAAACCUCACGCACCUGAUGUUCAUGGAGACGAGCAUCACUCAUCUCCCUCAGCUGGCGGCUCUGGCUCAGGUGCGGCGUCUGGAGCAGAUCAGUGUUCAUCCAGAGUGGAAUCCGGUGGUGAGACUGACGCUCUGGAGAUCCUUCCUCAUCUACAGACUGCAGCACCUCAACCUGCAGAAGAUCAACGGCACUGAGGUCACCAUGAAUGAGAUCAUGGCCUCGGAGCGGAUGUUCGGCGCUCUGGGUCACGUCGCUGCUACAGAAACGCCACGCUGCCGCCUGCUGCUGCUGCUGGAGGAGUCCAGGAAGCGGCAGCUGCAGUUCCUGCUGGAUGGACGCGGGCGCAGAAGCGGUGUGAGUCCAGACGACCUGAAGGAGAACGGCAAACAGCUGGGAGACGCUUUGAGCCGAGCGCUCUUCAGCUAUCCCAGCAGACUGUCCGACGGCCCCGAGGAGGGUGGUGCUGAUGCGUCGGAGCGCUCGGCGAUGGUGCAGCAGUAUCUGCGAGGGCUGAUCCACAGAGCUUCCGGUCACUGCGUGAAGGCAGACGCUCUGCAGAAGCUCUGGCCGUCGCUCUUCAGUGAGAUCGUGAGAGACUGUGUUCUGGAGAUGAGAGACAGACAGGCCUUCAGACAGACGCGCCUCCAGCGGCUCCACAGCGAAUCACACACAUGAACACAGACACUGAACACUGAAUGUUUAGCAGCCUCUCAUCCUCACUGUAGUUAUCACUGAGUCGAUCUGCUCAUUCCUGUGGUUCCUCUGACAUCCCUAAUGGUGCUCCUGAGGAAACAUACUCUACACAGGUUCAUUACAGCAGUGCAUGCGUGUUACAUACAAACCUCAAACAUGCCAACCGUUUAACUAACCAGAUGAAGAUUCUUCUCAAACUGUUGCUCUGCCGUGAUAGUAGUUAAGCUGAAAGAGAAAUCGGACUAUUGAGGAAUAUUUUAUUUAAUUAUUUUUUUUAUUUUUUAUUAUUUCAUUUUGUUAGUGCCCAAGCUUAUAGUCAGUUUUAUUUUAACAUUUUAUUUUUAUUAUGCUAUUAUUUUAGGAUGGUAUGGACUUCAGAGGCCUUUGUUCAGCAGUUUUAUUUUAUUUUAUAAUUAUUAUAUAUUCAUUUUAUUCAGUUAAUAUUAUUCAGGUAACAGCUCUAAACAUGUCAAGAGUUUAACUAGCUCAAGAAUCCCUUAAAACUGUUGCUCUGCCAUGACUGAAAGCGAAAUCUGAGUGUAGAUGAAGAUGGUUUAUGGUGAGAACAAACACUGAGAGUUAAACCUGCACUUGAUCCGUUGAGUUUUGACUCCUUUCCAAACACACUGCAUUAAAUCAAGUUUGUGUAGAUGAAGUGUUUGCGUUCAGGUGUGUGUGUUUCAGAUCUUCUGUUCAUUCUGUCUUUAUGUCGCUUCCUCAUAUUGAAUGUCAAAAUCAAACCAUAUGAUCUUUCCUGAGCACUGAUUUAUUUUUUGUAUUUUACUGAUUAUUAAAAAGAUAAUAGUGGAAAAAGUUUGACUGAC